CAAGAACACAAAAAAAUGCGAUUCCUAAUUGUCGUUGCUCUUGUGGCCUUUUUGGCUGUUGGUCUUGUGGCUGCACGGCCAGCUGAGGAUGAGGAGUCCUCCAUCCAGGAUAACACCAAUGAGGAUUCGUCCAGUAAUGAUGGCGAGGGAAACUCCGAUGCUGCCGAGGAAGAACCUGCUGUUGAAGAAAGUCAAGAUUCUGGAAAUGUGGAUAACCAGGAUGAUGAAAAUAGCGAGGAUAAUCAGGAGGAGUCAGAUAAUGAAUCAAGCGGAGAUGAUGAGGAAGAUAACAACGGGUCUGAUGAUAAUACCGAAUCGGAUAAUAAUAACGAUUCAGAAGGCGAUCAGGAGCAGGAUGCUCCACCCAACAACCAGAUUCGACCAUUCGGACCUCUUCUCAUCCAAGCAAGGCCCCUUUUCCUCGAUUAAUAACACGUGUUUUUAAAAUAUCCAUUAACAAUAAACAUUAGACAAAAUGCUUUAAAAUUAUACAACAAAUAAAACAGUAAAUAAAUUAAAGCUAUAUAUGUCGAUCGAUAUGAAAAAACGCCACAAAGUAU